AUGGAAGGUCACCAUGUUAAAAAAACAGCUACGGUUCCAGGAGUAUCGGAGACUCCAGGACCGGCUGGGGAGAGUACCGCUGCAGGCUCGACCCGGUCGUCAUCCAGCGACUGCGCAAAAACCGUUGGACUGUUGAGGCAGGGUCCAGGGGGCGUUCGCGCCCAAGCUACUGCUGGAGAAUGUGAGAAGCAGGCAUUCUCCGGUGGCCAUAGUGUCACCGAGGUUACUGCAAAUGUGCCCGAAUCCGCGCGGGAUUCAAUGGAAGUGGCACAUGGGUUGGCUGAUGAGCAACAACAGCCUUUACCGGUACCAUCGGGAUCCAUCUCCAUUAUAGAGAGGCUCAUUAGGGCGGGUAACAGAAAAGGUGGCUUGACCCAUCCUGAGAAGACGGUCAUGUUGCCGCAAUCUCCUGAGGGAUCGAUGGGAGUGGCUAAUACCUCCGGGAUGAAUGGACUUGAGGAAGAUGAGUCCCUACGACCUAAAAGGAAGGAGACUUCCCCAAUGCCUCCCAAGGAUUUGGCAUCUUCAUUGGAGGACACACCGCCGGAGAGGCUAUUGCCUAUGCCGGUGACUCCGCGUCCGUCAAAGAAGAAGGCCAAAAAAGCCAAGCUUAUGGACUACACAGCGGCCGACCUAUUUAAUGUAGACGGUACGCCUAAGAGGGACCUUCCGACAAGCGAGAUACUGCUGAGCGAUGGUCUGCUACUUGCCAAGGAGCAGGCCCAAGCGUUGGAGGACGUGAUGGAGGUGUACGACCCGCACCGGCGCGUGGUGAAGAUGGCGGUGGCUCUGAUCGAAAGUGUUAGGGCCCUGGCGGAUCUUCACCACACGCGAACUCCUGAAGCACCGGAGUGUUCGGAUAUGGUUGACGGGUCUACUCAGACCGACCAACCGAAGGACACGAAGGUUGCUUCUCCAUCCAGGGCUAACGUCGCCGAGAUUUCCUCGGGCUGCGUUAUGCCAGCAGUUGAGUCCGCGGAAAUACUGAUAGACACGAAGAAGAAAAAGGGGAGGAAGAAAAAGAAGAAGAAAUCUCGGGGGAUCACAGCUGGAGCCGAAAAGGUGCUGGCGCCCAACGGGGUUGCGGCUGACCAUCCGCCAGUAAUGGGUACUGCCCAUGUCGCCGCUGAAGAAGCAACGGUCACUGCCACGAAGUGGACUGAGGGCAUUCGUGGUGGGCUGGUGCAGGCCGUCAAGCACUAUGCCAAGGCCAACAAUCCAAAGACACCUGGCUACGAUCCGACAAAACCAAACUCAUGGAUCGUGUAUCAAGAUUGCAAUAACCUUUACGGGUGGGCUAUGAGUCAGCCCAUGCCGUACGGUGGCUUCCGGUGGUAUGAAGGAUCAGAUCCUCUGGCCGACCUUCAAUUGCUUUCGGACACUGGUAAUACGGGGCGUAUAUAUGAAGUGGAUGUAUCGUAUCCAGAAGAGCUGCAUGACGAGCACAACGACUUGCCGUUAUUGCCUGGCAACGAUGUACCACCGGAUUCCAAAGAGACCAAACUCAUGGCCACUUUGAAACCCAAACAACGGUACGUCGUACACUAUGUCAACUUGAAACAGGCGAUUGCACACGGACUGCAAGUCGAUAAAGUGCACCGCGUUUUAGAGUUUCAACAAAGUGCUUGGUUGAAACCGUACAUUGAGUUGAACUUUGAAAUGCGGAAACAGGCGGCAAAUGCUUUUGAAAUAGCAUUUUUCAAAUUAAUGAAUAAUGCCGUCUUUGGGAAAACCAUGGAGAACAUGCGGAAACGCAUCCGUAUUGAGCUAAUCUCCAGUCCCGAACAUCUAAGCAAGCUCGUAAACCAACCAAACUUCAACGACUGUAUCAAAUACGGCGAAAGCUUGUGCGCCGUCAUAAUGGACACAAAGAUUGUCAAGUUUAUCAAACCAAUAUACGUCGGUUUAGCAGUGCUUGACAUUAGCAAGUCGCUAAUGUACAAGUACUUCUACGACGUAUUAAAACCUCAUUAUGGUGACGCAAUCAGCCUGGUUUACAUGGAUACUGACUCCUUCAUUUACCUGCUCAGAGUCAGAGACUUUUACCAGGAUUUAGCCAACAGUCCUGAUUUACUAGUGCACGUGGAUGCAUCUAGCCUGCCCAAGGAUCACCCUUGUUACUCAACCUCGAGGAAGAAGACGCCUAGUCUGUUUUCAGACGAGACCGGCGGCCUCACCCUUUUUGAGAUCGCUGCACUUUGUUCAAAGUGCUAUGCAUUUGACAUGGAAGGCAGCGAACUCAUCAAGUCUAAGGGGAUCCGCGGACACGUCGUCCGGAAUCAUCUGUCUUUGGACGACUACAAACGGUGUUUGUUUAAAGACGAUGGUGACGAUGGUAACGAUGCGUCAAAACGAGCGUUGGCCGGAGACAAUGCCCGUUUAGUCAUCGGAGCCGUACGUGAUGGUGAGAUUCCACCGACAUUAUCAUUACCGUACACUCCGUACCGACAGAACGUGUCAAUUCGUUCUUUCGAGCACGAGGUACGCACUUUACGUACAACCAAGUUGGCGCUUAACCGUUUCGACGAUAAGCGCUACACGCUCGACAACAGAGUUGACACGCUGGCUUACGGUCAUUAUGCCAUUCCAUCGGAAGAAAUUUAAGCAACAUUAGUUUUUAUAGUAAUAAUAAGAUUGUAAAACUCUUUAAAUAUCCAUAUUGAUAAAUGUAAAAUAUAUUGUAUGAUAAACCGUGUAAUUGAAUUUUAUGAUAAGGUUUUUGUAAAUAUAAGUGUUGUAUAUAAAUAUAUAGUUGUAAAUAUAGUUUUAAGAUUUUUUAAUGUAAUAUUUUAAUGAAUUGAAUUGUAAAUAAAUGUAAGUUAGAAUUGAUAUUAUAAUAAAUGCUUAAUUAAUUAAAGUAAUUACCCUCUAUUUAUUUCGAUAAUACCAGAUAGAUUAUUUUACAAUAGGUAUUAAUAACCUAUAGUAAAUACUACACGUAAUUUAGAAAUAUUUAUUUAUUUUACUAUAAUCAUUAAUAUA